CUUCUGCAAAGUUUGGUGCGCAAGAUGGCAAGAGUAGCCUACAGUUCCAAGGAAUUUCGGUGACGCGCAUGACCACUCCAAAUAAGACCUUCGUUCAGUUUGAAUAGCGCGGCACAGUGUAAUAGACAGUCAUUGAGAAUAACCUACAUCCAAUAUCCCCUGCAAGCCAGCAUACCCCAGACUCUUGCCCGGCUGUAGAUCAACGCGAUCAUGGCUCAAGCAUUGGAAAUUGCCAGAUGGGACCUGGAGUGUGAGUUCAACAACACAGACCACCGUACGGAGCUCAACGGGGUGGAGCAGCUGAUCGUUAGAAGGGGCCAGCCGUUCACCAUCAACCUGCACCUCCGCUCGGGGGAAUACCAGCCUGGCGGCAGUGCACUCGACCUCACCGUGGAGACAGGUCCCCAGCCCAGUGAUCAGUAUGGCACACGGGCCUCCUUUGGUCUGAUUGACCAAAUCGACACCUCCUGCUGGAGUGCCGCAGUCACCAGUCCCCCCGGGUACAUGGUGUCCCUGUCCAUUUGUUCCCCCCCGGACGCGCCUAUCGGACGCUGGCGCUUGACCCUGGGUCAGGGGGGCUUGGUGGAGUUUGUGCUGCUAUAUAACCCUUGGUGCACAGGCGAUGUGGUGUACAUGGACAGUGAGGAGAAACUGACGGAGUACGUCUUGGCUCAAGAUGGUAUCAUUUUCCGAGGCAGCUGGAAAUACCUCAUCCCUACACCUUGGAACUUUGGCCAGUUUGAGGAUGGGAUCCUGGAAGCUUGUCUGAGAAUCCUGGAAAUGAACCCCAAAUGCCUGCGUAACCCUGGGAAAGACGCUUCAGGGAGGAAGAACCCAAUCUAUGUGUCCAGAGUUCUCAGUGCCAUGGUGAAUUGUAAUGACGACAAAGGGGUCUUGCUGGGCAGGUGGACUGACAACUAUGACGGUGGGGUGAGCCCCCUGUCAUGGAAGGGCAGUGUGGAGAUCCUGCGGAACUGGGACACAAAUGCCUGUCAACCUGUGCGCUUUGGCCAAUGCUGGGUGUUUGCAGCAGUGGCCUGCUCAGUUUCACGAGCCCUGGGCAUCCCUUGUCGAGUGGUCACCAACUACAAUUCAGCCCACGACACCAACAGUAACCUGGUGAUAGAGCGGUUUGUGGAUGAGAACGGACAACUUGUUCAGAAGUCGAGUGACAUGAUAUGGAACUACCACUGCUGGGUCGAGAACUGGAUGACCAGACCUGACCUUAAACCAGGUUUUGAUGGCUGGCAGGCCAUGGACCCCACACCACAGGAGAAGAGUGAAGGAGUUUACUGCUGUGGGCCUAUCCCACUGAAAGCCAUCAAGGAGGGCGAGCUCACCUAUAAAUAUGAUGCCCCAUUUGUGUUUGCGGAGGUCAACGCUGACGUGCACACCUUUAUGAAGCGCAAAGAUGGCAGCACAGAGAAGAUCAUUAGCUCCGUCCAAGUUGGCCUGAAGAUCAGCACUAAGAGUGUGGGCAGUGAUAGGAGAGAGGACAUCACACACCUGUACAAGUGCCCUGAGGGUUCUGACGAGGAAAGGGAGGCCUUUACAAAGGCCAACCACCAGAACAAACUUCUGCAGCAGCAAGAAAAUGCUGGUCUGCUUAUCGCUAUCAAGGUUUCUGCGGAGAUGAGGAAGGGCUGCGACUUUGACGUGUUCGCCGUGGUUACGAAUAACACACCGAAUGGGAAAAAGUGCCGUCUGGUGUUCGGCUCCAGAGCUGUGUCCUACAACGGCAUUCUGGGAGAGAACUGUGGGUUCAAAGACCUGCUCAACGUAGAGUUGGCACCUGGAGAAGAGAAGCGAGUUCCUCUGAGAAUGAACUAUUCCAAGUAUGCCGAGAAGCUCACUGAGGACAAUUUGAUCCGGCUGGUGGCUCUGCUCCUAGACUACGGCACCCGAGAGGCCUACCUCGCUGUGAGGAACGUUGUACUGGAAAAUCCUGAGAUCAAAGUCAGGAUUCUUGGGGAACCCAAAGAGAACCGUAAGCUGGUGGCUGAGAUAACUCUACGGAACCCUCUGCCAGUACCACUGCAGAACUGCUGUUUCACCGUGGAGGGUUCCAACCUCACUGGAGGACAGAUCAUCACUGAGAAACUUAACUCCACGGUGGAACCCGGGCAAGAUGCCAAGGUCAAAAUCUACUUCACGCCCACCCACUCAGGCCAACGGAAACUGGUGGUCGACUUUGACAGCAAUGAGCUGUGUCACGUCAAGGGCUACAGGAAUGUCAUCAUCGGCAAAUAGAGGACCCACCCUGAGCCUGCACUCCAUAAAACCCAGUGAAGACAAAGACAUACAGUUGUUUCACAAUCUAUGCAUAUUUCUAUACUCGAAGAUCUCUUUUAUCACCUAUAGAUAAACAAAUUCUCUGUUUGUUAGGAUUAUACAGUGCCUUCGGAAAGUACUCAGACCCCUUGACGUUUUCCAAAUUGUUGCGUUACAGCCUUUUCCUCAUCA